AAAGCAAAUCUUCUAGAAUGACAGACCAUUUUAGUGCUGAGGCACUAGAAAAGAACGAGGAAGGACUGCGUGAGCUAGGAGAGCAAACCCCCAGACACCCAUGGGUUCUCCAAGUUACCCGUGUUCUUUGCCUUGACCGCCUGAAAAGGACUGCAAAUUCAUGCUCAGUGUGGUCUCUGUGGUGACAGUGGCUGCUCUUCUCAAAACCAUCACUUUGAAGCCCAGGAGAAACUACACGAUCCUCUCCACUUUUCUUCUUGACUGCUUCUGGGUGUGAUUAUAUCUCAUUGAGAAAUUUCUACUUCUAUCUACAGACAAAGGAAAGGCAUAGAGCACUUCAGCUCACUGCACCAACAGGACCUGAAUGAUUCCUCUGUGGGACCUUCCUGGGUUUUGGAGACUGUUCCUUCAACCGCUUAGUUCUUCCAUCUCUCAACAGUGGAAUACCCACAAUCUGAGCACCUUCCCCUUGGCUUUGACUUUUUCUUGCUUGUUACUUGAAGUCAGCUAAACAGAAGUUCACAAGAUCACAGUGACCAAGAAAAUUUCACAUGACCGAUGAGUGAUCGCCCCCUGAAAGAGAUGUCUGACAACCACAGCAGUCCUCUCCUGCCAGAGACCCUUUCAAGCAGAUACGCCCCCUACGAGUCAGAGCCAAGCAGUCCUACCUGGCCCUCAGGUUCCCCAGAUACACACCCAGCCCUGCCCUUGCUGGAAAUGCCCGAAGAAAAGGAUCUCCGAUCAUCUGAUGAAGAUAGCCACAUUGUGAAAAUUGAAAAGCCCAAUGAAAGGAGUAAAAGGAGAGAAAGUGAGAUGCCCCGCCGGGGCUCUGCAGGCCGGGGAGGCUUCAGCCUCUUCCACGCGGUGGGCUACCUCACGGGUGAGAUGAAAGAGUGCAAGAACUGGCUGAAAGAUAAGCCCCUGGCCGUGCAGUUCAUAGACUGGAUCCUCAGAGGAACUGCUCAGGUCAUGUUCGUCAACAACCCUCUCAGCGGCUUCAUCAUCAUCAUAGGGCUUCUGAUCCAGAAUCCCUGGUGGACAAUUACUGGGGUUCUGGGGACAGGGGUCUCAACCUUAACUGCUCUUGCCUUAAGCCAGGACAGGUCAGCCAUCGCCUCGGGACUCUAUGGCUACAACGGCAUGCUGGUGGGAUUGCUGGUGGCCUUGUCCUCUGAGAAGUUAGACUACUACUGGUGGCUUCUGUUUCCUGUGGUCUUCACAACCAUGGCCUGCCCGGUUGUUUCUAGUGCCUUGAAUUCCAUUCUCAGUAAGUGGGACUUACCAGUCUUCACACUGCCCUUCAAUGUUACACUGACCCUGUACCUGGCAGCCACAGGCCAUUACAACCUCUUCUUCCCUGCAACACUGGUGGAGCCUGUAUCUUCAGUACCGAAUAUCACUUGGACAGAGAUUGAAAUGCCCUUGUUGUUACAAGCCAUCCCUGUCGGAGUGGGCCAGGUAUACGGCUGUGACAAUCCCUGGACUGGUGGCCUGAUCUUGGUGGCUCUGUUCAUCUGCUCACCACUCAUCUGCUUGCAUGCGGCCAUUGGGUCAAUUGUGGGGAUGCUGGCAGCCCUAACGGUGGCCACACCCUUCGAGACAAUCUACGCGGGCCUCUGGGGCUAUAAUUGUGUCCUCUCCUGCAUCGCCAUCGGGGGCAUGUUCUAUGCGCUCACCUGGCAGACCCACCUGCUGGCCCUUGCCUGCACCCUCUUCUGUGCGUACAUGGGAGGAGCCCUCUCCAACAUGUUGGCGGUGGUUGGUGUGCCACUAGGCACCUGGGCCUUCUGCCUCUCUUCCCUUAUCUUCCUGCUCCUGACGACUAACAAUCCUGCCAUCUACAAGCUCCCACUCAGCAAGGUCACCUACCCGGAGGCCAACCGCAUCUACUACCUGAGGAUGAAAAACCCUGAAGAAGCGAAGUCCCCCAGCGGUGGCGGUGGACAGCAGCCACCCACAGCGGGCCAGAAGGCAGAGGAGGGUGCUGAGGCUGUGCUCUCCAGGCGCAGAAGUGUGUUCCACAUCGAGUGGUCAUCUGUUCGGAGGAGGAGCAAAGUGUUCGGCAGAGGCGAAAGCCAGGAGAGACAGCCCAAAGAGCCUUUUCCUUACCUGUACCGGAAGCCCACCGUGGAGCUGCUGGAUCUGGACACCAUGGAGGAAAGCUCUGAGAUAAAGGCGGAAGCUGCUGUGCCCAGGAUGUCCUGGAUCCAGAGUUCCAUGGCGGCCGGCGGAAAGAGGAUCAGCCAAGCCCUCAGCUACAUCACAGGGGAGAUGAAGGAGUGCGGGGAGGGACUUAAAGACAAGUCCCCCGUGUUCCAGUUUCUCGACUGGGUGCUCCGGGGCACAUCUCAGGUGAUGUUCGUGAACAACCCUCUCAGCGGCAUCCUCAUCGUCGUCGGCCUCUUUGUCCAGAACCCGUGGUGGGCCAUCUCAGGCUGCCUGGGCACCAUUGUGUCCACCUUGACAGCCCUUUUCCUGAGCCAGGACAAGUCAGCCAUUGCAGCAGGACUCCACGGCUACAACGGGGUCCUCGUGGGGCUGCUGAUGGCCGUGUUCUCAGACAAAGGCAACUACUAUUGGUGGCUUCUGCUCCCAGUCAUCGUCAUGUCCAUGUCUUGCCCCGUCCUCUCCAGCGCCCUGAGCACCAUCUUCAGCAAGUGGGAUCUGCCGGUCUUCACACUGCCCUUCAACAUCGCCGUGACGCUGUACCUGGCAGCCACAGGUCACUACAACCUCUUCUUCCCCACGACGCUGCUGCAGCCUGCAUCCUCUGUGCCCAAUAUCACCUGGUCGGAGGUCCAAGUGCCCUUGCUUUUGAGAGCCAUCCCUGUCGGAGUCGGUCAAGUGUACGGCUGCGAUAACCCCUGGACUGGAGGCAUUUUCCUAGUAGCUCUGUUCAUAUCUUCACCUCUGAUUUGCUUGCACGCAGCAAUUGGAUCCACUGUGGGGAUGUUAGCAGCACUCAGCAUCGCCACACCCUUUGACUCCAUCUACUUUGGCCUGUGCGGUUUCAACAGCACCCUGGCAUGCAUCGCCAUCGGAGGCAUGUUCUACGUCAUCACCUGGCAGACACACCUCCUUGCCAUCGCCUGCGCUCUGUUUGCAGCCUACCUGGGCGCGGCUCUGGCCAACAUGCUGUCUGUGUUUGGAUUACCACCCUGCACCUGGCCCUUCUGCCUCUCGGCGCUCACCUUCCUGCUCCUGACGACCAACAACCCUGCCAUCUACAAGCUCCCGCUUAGCAAAGUCACCUACCCGGAGGCCAACCGCAUCUACUACCUGUCACAGGAGAGAAACAGGAGGGCGUCAACCAUCACAAAGUAUCAGGCUUACGACGUCUCCUAAGUUGUCCCUUCCAAAUCAUGUCACUGUAAAUGCAGCGGUCAGCAAGCUGCCCGGGUCCCCAGGCUAAAGGCCACCUAGCCUCCCCUUCUGUCUAUUCUGUGAUUUUCCCCCAAGCGCAGGGAAAUGUGUGUAUGGUCAGCAUUCAGGAAGCUCUGUAAGAUGACUUAGUUCAGACUUGAUUCUCAUAGCUAGCUCCAUGAGAGCCCCCCUUUAAUAGGAACUUUUCCAGUUCUGCAAAAGAAUCCUCAUUCCGAAGGAAACGUUACCAAGAAUGGGACAGAUAUGGGUGACAUUUCUGACAGCUGUGUCAUUUAAUAUAGCAAAGCACAGUGCUGGGACAUAUUCAUGAGCCUGGGAGGGGAGAGGACUGCCUCCCCACCCACCUCAGCCACCAAUGGGUCCCAACAGCUUCAGGCCAGGCUUCCCCAUCACAGCCUGGACAUCUUGUUGGCAGGAACUUCUUUAUGACAGGGAGGGACUUAGGUCCCUUCUACCUCAGAAGUGUUAGUUCCUCUCUGUCUCCUAUAACCUGAUCAAGUCGGCAUAAGCAGAAAGCAGUUCCCUGGAGUUGAGUCACAGAAGAAAGUACUACCCACAGAAGGGGCAGGAGAGAGCUGAUGCUCUCUGGAGGUUUAUUUUGGGGUGGUGGGGAUGACCUCCAGGUUGUUGUUAGGAACCGAAAUUACUGAAAAUGUCACUAUGCCUUCUUUUACAUAACUGAAGUACUUCCAGAAAUGUCAUAAGGGGAAAAUUGAUUUUUUCAUCAUUAUAAUCAUACUGUAAACAAAUGGCUUUCCUUUUAUAACAUUCAUAAUUAUACUCUCAUUAAACUCUUUAGAUCUGCAA